AUGGCCGACGACGACGUCGACUUCGACAACCCCCGCGAUGUCGAGCUCAGCUCCCUCUCCGCCAUCUACCCCGAGAUCCAACAGCUCCUCCCCGACGACCCCUACGCCAUCACCCUCGACGUGCCCGUCCACCCCUCCAAAGCCGUGACCGUCUACUUCCCCGCGACGGCCACCGACGAUGCGCCGGUAGCUACGGGCCUUGCCCCACCACCACCACAGGGUGCAGCAGGGGCCGUCGACUCGCACGAGCUGGCAUACCUGCCUUCGGUGCAUCUCGAGAUCACAUUCGGCCCGGAAUACCCCGCCGAACAGCCGCCGCGGGUUGUUAUAUCGACCACCCCGCCGUGGAUCCCCGAUGGGACGAUCAAGCGGCUCGAGGAGGAUGCGGCUCGGCUGUGGGAGGAUAUGGGGCGUGAUAUCGUGGGGUUUACGUAUAUCGACCAUAUUCAGCAGGCGGCGGAUGGGUUGUUUGAGCUGGUGGAUGGGAAGGGGUCGCUGGAAGUCGAUCCGCGGCACAAGAUUGCGAUUCUGGAUUAUGAUAUCCAGGCUAGGAAGGCGGCUUUUGAGAAGGAGACGUUUGACUGUGGCGUGUGUUUAGAACCCAAGAAAGGCUCCGCCUGCCAUCGAAUGCUGGAUUGUGGGCAUGUUUUCUGCGUCGCCUGUCUGCAGGACUUUUACAAUAGCGCCAUCAAGGAAGGAGAUAUCACCGCCGUGAAGUGCCUGACCCCCGAUUGCGCCAAGGACCGUGCGAAAGGGACCAAGUCGUCUGGCAAGAAGCGCAAGAAGCCGCGGACGUUUAUCAACCCUAGCGAGCUCUUACAGAUCCCACUGGACCAGGAGACCGUCAAACGCUACGUCACUCUCAAGUACAAGGUCGAACUGGAAUCAGACAAGAAUACCAUCUACUGCCCGCGCCAGUGGUGCAACGGCGCUGCGCGGUCCAAGAAGCACAAGAAGCCCCAAGGGUUCAACCUAGCCGAAACCAGCGAUGACUCCGCCUCCGACGACGACGAUGACAACGACGACAACGCGGACCGCCCCGAGGGCGAGGUCGGGUCUAAACCCUACAAACCCGACGACGAGCUGCUAGCCAUCUGUGAGGAAUGCGCCUUCGCCUUCUGCAGCCGCUGCCACCAAUCCUGGCACGGCGAGUUCUUCCGCUGCAUCCCGCGCCGCGACAAACAAGAACUCACCGCCGACGAGCUGGCCUCGCUCGAGUACAUGCGCCUGCACUCGACCCCCUGUCCGACCUGUGGCGUGCCCGCCCAAAAGACCCACGGCUGCAACCACAUGAUCUGCAGCCGCUGCCAGUCGCACUUUUGCUACCUCUGCUCGUCGUGGCUUGAUCCGGGGAAUCCGUACCAGCAUUUUAAUGAGGCGCCUGAUGGGCGCAUUACGGGGUGUUAUAUGCGGCUGUGGGAGUUGGAAGAAGGGGAUGGUGAUGGUGCAGGGCAUGGGUUUGCUGGGGGUGCGGGAGGAGCUGCGGUUGCUCCUCCUCCUAGGGUUGUUGCCAUCGAAGACCUGAUCCCAAUAAUCGAAGAACCCGAUGAUGCCGAGGACGUAAUUGCCGCAGCAGCAGCACCACCACUAGAACCACCCGUCAACGGGGCACAGCAAGUCGGCAUCGCGCGUGAGGGUCCGCUGGUCCUCAGGAUAGCCGCCAACCAACCCGCAGCAGCCGGGCGUGGCGGACCCCGUGGUCGGCAACCGGCAGCCGGUGGGGGAGCGGCGGUCCCGGGGGGAAUCAUACCCCCCGCUGUUCCCCAACCACCCGGCCCUGCUCGGGGAGGAGGGCCGGCCGCGAGGGGACCGAGAGCAGCUGCACAACGCGGCGCACGAAAUCGAGGUCGGGGAGGUGGUAACGCGGGGCUUGCACAGCGGUUGAAUCAGAAUCAUCACCCUCACAACAACCAAUUACCCAUUAAUAACAACAACCCAGGCGGACGUCCACACGCCCCCUUAGCCCGCCCCCGGCAUGCAGACCCGCAUAAUGUUGCCGGCGAUGACGGCGGUGGAGGCGGUGGUGAGGCGGGCCUGGCGCCGGCCCAUGAGGAGUGGGUGCGGCAUUUUGUGCAGUUGGCGCUGAAUGAUAUGGAGGGGGGGUCGGAUGAUGAGGAGUUUUGA